UCUCGACUUCGACAUCUUCGGUAUCGCCGAGAAAGACAGACGGACGGCAGAACGCGGCAGGCUGCGCGCCUCUUCUUUAGCCUUGUCCGGGGCUCUUCCGAACGCCGCGCCCACCGGAGCUGCCGCAGAGCCCAGGGGAGGGCCCCCGGUAGCCUCCGGAGUGCAUGGGGCAGCACUAAGUGGGCUGGCGGUGCAGGCCGGGUGCCGCUCCAACAUGAACCUCGUGGGCAGCUACGCGCACCAUCACCACCAUCACCACCCACACCCUGCGCACCCGGUGCUCCACGAGCCCUUCCUCUUCGGCCCGGCCUCGCGCUGUCACCAGGAGCGGCCCUACUUCCAGAGCUGGCUGCUGAGCCCCCCGGACGCGGCUCCGGACUUCCCCGCUGCCGGGCCACCGCCCCCAGCAGCCGCAGCCUCCGCCGCCUACGUUCCCGACAACGCGUCGGGCCAGAGCCCCGGGCCCCUGGAGGCCCUCAGCGGCCGCCUGGGCCGGCGGAAAGGCCCGGGACCCAAGAAGGAGCGGAAGCGCACAGAGAGCAUUAACAGCGCGUUUGCGGAGCUGCGCGAGUGUAUCCCUAACGUGCCGGCGGACACCAAGCUCUCCAAGAUCAAGACACUGCGCCUGGCCACCAGCUACAUCGCCUACCUGAUGGACGUGCUGGCCAAGGACACACAGGCCGGAGACCCCGAGGCCUUCAAGGCCGAAAUCAAGAAGGUAGAUGGCGGUCGCGAGAGCAAGAGGAAAAGGGAGCUGCAGCAGCACGAAGGCUUUCCUCCUGCCCUGGGCCCCGGCGAGAAGAGGAUUAAAGGGCGCACGGGCUGGCCACAGCAAGUCUGGGCGCUGGAAUUAAACCAGUGAGCCCAGGCCGCCGAGGACCCGCCACCGCGGCCGGACCCUGGAGGCCUGGGAGGAGAGGAAGGCGCGGCGAGCGCCAGGCUCUGGGUGCCAGGGCUUAUAGGGCGCGUCCUGCCGAGCCUCUGCUGCGCGCUGGCAGGUCGCCGGCUGCAACAACACACUUGGAUCGCACGUGCAAUGUCAUUUGAAAUUGUUUUAAUACAUUAAGAGAAAGAAAUAUAUAUAUUCACCCCCAGAACCGAGAGGGCGGCUCUUGGUGGCAUUAUACAGGAGGGAGGGACUGCAGGACUCGAGCGGGCUAAGACGCACCCUCCCAACCCUUCUGGGGCGAAUUUGGAACCCCCAGGGCUUUCCCCACUACGCUGUCUGGCUCUCUUUCUCCUCCCCUUUCUGCUUCCAAUCAAAACCCUCCAGCGCUCAAUUCCCUAAUUAAAAUGCAAUAAGAGGAAUCAAUAGUUUACUGCCAAGAACGGAGAACCAGAUUGGGAAGAUGGAGGGCUGCCUUUUGUUACUGAUCUUCCUUAAACAGUGGUGUUUUUAUUUUAUUAUUUUAUUUUUUGUCGCUGCACUUCCUACUUAGUUCCAAGGGAAACUUUUUGCCCUUCUUUCUUUCUUUUCUCCUUCCUUCCUCCUUCCUUCCUCCCUUCCUUUCACCUUCCUCUUUCUCUCCCCCCUUUCUUCCUUCCUUUGUAAAUAAAAGCUUUUCCCUGUGUUGAAAAGUUUUUAUGUAUUUAAACUACCUACGGUGCCUGCUGCGCUCAGGUGUUUAUUCCCCAACCCCGCCCUUUUUCUACCUCAAUCUCUAUGACCACUCACCGCCCCUCCCUUUGCCAAAGCAGUAUCUAUGCUCUUGACUAAUAAAACAUUUUCC